AUGGCAGAAAAGUACCCCAUCGGCACCCGUGCCGAAAGUGAGCGUCUUGUGAGAGACUGGGGGUUUCGACAUGUCUACACAUGGUCAGACGGGAGAGGUGGAUACUACUCGCCUCAUAGUCAUGGAGGUCUCACGACACAUUUGAUCCGCCGGGGCACAUUUACAGUCACUUAUCCGGAAGAAAAUGUAAAUCUGCAUAAUGGCGAAGUCAAGAAAGAGACAUUCGGACCUGGCGCACGAAUCGAUGUCCCAGCUGGGAAGGUGCAUGAAGUAUGGAUUGGAGACGAAGGGUGCGAAUAUGUGAUUGGUGAAUAA